CAGUAGACGCCUUUUGCUAUUAUGAAUAGUAUAAUUGUGGCUUUGAUGUAUGUGUGUCGUAUCCUGUAAAUGUAGAAAUUCUACGUUACGCGUGGAAUGUGUAAGGAAAUUUAAUUGGGAAGUUUGUAACGCGCUGAUACAGAUACUGUGCAAAAUACGAUAACCGUAGAUAGCAAUUGACGUUGACAUUCAUCAUUUGGGGGGCCGAUCCCAGUACAUUUCUACGUGGAUUGACAGAAUCGCUAAGAUGGCUGAUAUUAAAGAAUCUCCGCCGCUCUUUGACACUAAUGAAACCAAAAUCGACGAUAUGGAUGAUGAUGACGAGGAUAUUUUCGCAUCAGCGGACCAAAGUCAAUUGGAAGAUUCAUCACCUUAUAAUGGGAUAUCAACAAUUCAAGCCGAGUUACCAAAAUUGACAUUAAGAGAUGCACCGGAAGAGAAUUCAUUUUCAUCUGUAUCGAGUCCUGCACCCGGACCUUUGAGUCCACCAUUGGGACCAAUGAGUAGCGAUAUAGGUGAUCUCCAUGAUGUUCCCAUAAACGAUAAUGCAGAUGUACUAUCGACAAAUAUUAUACAGACUCAAUCAGUAGAUGUGGUAUCGACAGAUUCAUCUGAUGUUUUUCUUGAAAUCACAGUAACUUCUCCGCAAAAAAUAGGGGAUGGCAUGGGUGCUUAUGUUGCUUAUAGAGUUGAAACAAAAACAAAUAUGCCAAUAUUUAGAAAGAGAAAUUUUAGUGUUAUUAGGCGUUUCAGUGAUUUCCUUGGUCUUCAUGAUAAAUUGACAGACAAGUACCUUAGAAAUGGCAGAAUAAUUCCUCCUGCACCUGAAAAGAGUGUUAUUGGAACAACGAAGAUUAAAAUGUCCGGUGAUAAGAGUCAGGAACAAAAUUCCAGUUCUACGGAAUUUCUUGAAAAACGUAGAGCAGCGCUUGAAAGAUACUUAAACAGAACUGCUGCUCAUCCAGUGCUUAGUAUUGAUCCUGACUUUAGGGAAUUUUUGGAAGCUGAUAUGGAAUUACCUAAAGCUACUAAUACAUCUGCACUUAGUGGCAAAGGAGUAAUGAGACUCUUUAACAAAGUUGGAGAAACUGUUAAUAAGAUAACAUACAAAAUGGAUGAGACAGACAAAUGGUUUGAAGAGAAGACGUCACAAAUUGAUUCUCUUGAUGUACAGUUACGUGCAUUACAUUCUGCUGUUGACACUUUAACUAAUCAGAGAAGAGAGUUAGCAACGUGUACUGGUGCAUCUGCAAGAUCCAUUGCUGUUCUUGGUCAUGGUGAACCAGGAGCAUCUCUGGGAAGAGCAUUAGCUCAACUGGCUGAGACUUUAGAAAAGGUAGAAGUGAUCAGAAGAGCACAAAGUAAUAGUGACCUUUAUCAAUUUGGAGAAAUGUUAAGAGAUUAUGUUGCACUUAUUGGAGCAAUAAAGGACGUAUUCCACGAACGAGUAAAAGUUUUCCAAAAUUGGCAACAUGCUCAAAUGAUGUUGACCAAAAAACGAGAGCAGAAAGCAAGACUGGAACAGUCUAGUAGAAUUGAUAAAACAAGUCAAGCUGCGAAUGAAGUUAUAGAAUGGGAAGCAAAAGUUGAUAGAGGACAAGAAGAAUUUGACAAUAUAUCAAAAAUGAUUAAAAAAGAAAUUGAACGGUUUGAAUUAGUAAGAGUGGAAGACUUUAAGAAGCAAUUAACAGAAUAUUUGGAAACUAUGUUACAAUACCAAAACCAACUUAUUAAAUAUUGGGAGAGCUUUUUGCCCGAAGCCCGAGCAGUCGCAUGAACAUUCCUAAAGUAAUAAUGAAACUUUUUUUUAAUAUAACAAUAAGAAAAAGCUGCGAAGAAAAAUCAUUUUCAUGCAUGUUUUUUAAGUAAAUUUCUGAUAUGAUAAAUAAUACGAGAUACGUUUAUUUAUCAACUUGCAGUACGAUAUAAUAAUAGAAUAAUAUUGUAUGUGAGUAAUCAGAAAUUUCAUGAACAUUAAUUUCGGAAUGCUGCCAAUGCUUUUACGAACAUGAAAGCAAUAAAUCAUAUGGCGUAUUUUAUUCAAAUUUUUGGCAUUCAUUUUAUGCCACUUAUCUCUCAGUGCAUCAUGCGUUUAUCGUCUUCUUACUAUUAGCCUAUGUUAGAAGUAUAUAACGCAUAACACGGUUUGUUAAAAAAAUGUUAUAUAUGAUAAUAAAAAUUGAUUAAGAUUGUAUAAAUAGAAAGCAUUAAAUAUCUAUUUGUUGAAACGAAGU